AUGCAGAUUCGACCAAAUAUCAAAAACCUAACCGUAUUUUGCAUUUUCUGUAUAUUUUCGUUUAUUGGCUAUGUAAUUCUGUCGUCAGAUCAACACUUUCCUGAUGUUGCUAUUGAACUUCGAGAUGUUCUAAGCUACGCAAUUCUUGCCGUGGAAAUAGGAGGUCGAGCCAUCGUGAAAAUCAAUGAAGAAAAUGCAUUGGGCGUUCUCAGUAAAGGCAAAACAGCCGAAGGCAAAGAUGAGCUUCUAACAAAGGCAGAUCUGGUGUCGAAUUACCUCAUUUUAGAUACCUUUCGACGAUUUCCCGGCAUUCAAGUUGUAUCAGAAGAGACGGAUUCUCAGUUAACCGAUGCGGACGUGGAAAAAUAUCGGGUUGAUAACUACGAAGUGUGGCUUGCUGUGCGUGAAGUAAUCGACAAAUUACCGUCAAAGAAAGUGAAAUUGUCAAAGUUGAGUAUUUGGGUGGAUCCGUUAGACGCCACGCAGGAGUUCAGCGAGGGCUUGUUGGAUUAUGUGACUGUGAUGGUCUGUAUCGCUUUCGAUGGUAAACCAAUCUUCGGUGCUAUUUAUCGACCGUUCUCGAACGAAACAGUAUUUGGGCUUGACAAAUAUGGUGUCAUUAAAGGUGACGGUAAGAAAUGGGAACCGACGAUUCUCAACGAUGUGCCGAAAAAGAUUCUGAUCUCAAGAUCGCAUGCCGGUGCUGUUGAGGAUCUGAUCAAUAAUACGUUCGGUGACGAAUAUACGGUAGAACCAGUGGGCGGCUCGGGUUACAAAACACUUCGCAUCAUUAAUGGCACAGCUCAAAUUUAUUUGCAUCGAACGGCGAUUAAGAAAUGGGAUAUAUGUGCGGGUAACGCGCUUGUGAAUGCCAUAAAUGGAUCAAUGAUUGAUCUGAACGGUGACUCUAUUGAUUAUCGGCAUACGUCUGAUCACAAAAUUGAGCAAGUGCAGUUGAAUGAACUGGCAAUAGCGAAAUUGAGGAUAACGUCUGAAUUCAUUGCACUAAAUUAUGAGCUGGAGAAAGCAUUGGACACAUUUCGUUUCAAUCUGUCAAGAACAAAGUCAAUAGUUGGAAUAUCAAACGUGAGUGCUUCUAUCAUUGAUUAUAGAGAAAUGGAACCUACGGUCCGAGUUGAUGUAAAUAGCGACGGAAAUUUCACGCUUGCCUCUAAUGUUGCAUCCGAAAACGACACUAAACCAAUAGAAUCAUUCAUGAGAAAGAGAGGAGGUGCAGACAAAAGCACGAGCGAUAGUAAGAAUGAUAAUGGGAGUGAGCACGCUAAUGAAAAUGGCAAAUCGAGUGGGCUACGAUCAACAUCUUCGAAGCACUUCCAGUUUCGACCGUUCGGUGUCUUGGAGCCAACAAGUGCUAAAAUGGCACGCAGUGAUAUGAAGCGUUCCAUUGAUUUAAUUUGUCAAAUCGCAUCAGUGAAAAAUCGACUGCUUUCAAUUGCGAAACAGUACAAUGCUUUAAGAAAUGAUUUAUCGGAAACGCAACUCUCCGAUAAAUUGCAAAAAACCUGUGAAAUAAAUGCAUGA